UAUCCCCCUCAUAACUGAUCAGAGACAGAAAUACACAGCCUGAUAUAUCCACACAAAUGUAUCAUCACACUCUGAGACAUUUGUAUAACGACACACAUAGGCACAGGUUGACAGAGGCUUCCAUUUCUAUCUAUAGACAACCUAUAUUUUACACAAAGGCACAUAUAUAGAAAUAUUUAUAGAUAUAUGUCUCCAUGGCGUGAACCACAGUCAGAAGGGACAAAAACUAGAGCAGAGAAUGAAACCAACGAAAUCACGGAUGAGAGAUGGGAAACUGCACUAAAACUCAGCGGAAGAAAACAAGCAAGGAUGGGAAACACUCCCACUUGCAGCUCGUACCUCUUUCACCCUCUGACCUCGGUGCAGAGAUUGUGGACAGCUGGCCACGGCCACUGCAGAGCUUUGCGGCACUGCAGAGUCUCGCUGGGACAGCCUGCAUCUUCCUGCGACACAGCAUCGCUAUCACUCAGAUCGACAGAGAGCUGAGACCAGAGGAAAUAGAAGAGCUAAGAGAAGCAUUCAGAGAGUUUGAUCGAGACAAGGAUGGAUUCAUUGGAUACAAGGAACUGGGCGAGUGCAUGAGGACAAUGGGAUACAUGCCAACCGAGAUGGAGCUCAUUGAACUCUCCCAGAAAAUCACAGGUGGUAAAGUUGACUUUGAGGACUUUGUAGAACUGAUGGGACCUAAACUUCUUGCAGAGACAGCUGACAUGAUUGGAGUAAAGGAGCUACGAGACGCUUUCCGAGAGUUUGAUUCAAAUGGUGAUGGGCGGAUCAGUACACGAGAACUGCGAGAGGCAAUGAGAAAACUCCUUGGUCAACAGCUUGGUCCUUGUGAAGUUGAUGAAAUCCUAAGAGACGUGGAUGUGAAUGGGGACGGACUUGUAGAUUUUGAAGAGUUUGUACAUAUGAUGUCCCGCUGAAGAACUCGUUUGACAAAAUGGACUAGUCCUGUAGAAGAAGCCUGUGUGUUUGAUUAAUAUUUUAAUAAAAGCAAUACAUCAUACUUAAUAAAUGUACAUUAUUCUAA